AUGACCUGCCGCCUCGCGCGGGGAGGAACUCUCCCCGCGCCGGCGCUCCGUUGCGCCGAAGAGCUGAUCUGCGCGCCGCGUCUGUCGGCGCGUUUAGCGGCGACGUUCGCGAUCCUGCUCGUCGCCGGCAUGAGCGGCGGCUUCUGCGGCCGCGCAAGCGCCGUCGCCGUCAACUAUAACGACUGGGCGGCACUCCUCUCACUGCGCGCCGAGCUCAACUUCACAGUGCCCGCCUCGCGCACGCCCAAGGCGCUAUGGACAUCCCGGGGGAGCUGCGAGGGGCUGUAUGGGGUGCGGUGUGACGACCAGGGCAGCGUCACGUCGCUUCUUCUGUACAGCGUCACAGGCACGCUUCCCUCUGCAAUUGGCAACCUCACUGCUCUCACCACACUGUCUGUGUCCUCCAACCUCUCCUGCCCACUCCCACCCACCAUGACCACUCUCACCGCGCUGCUCAACCUGCAUCUCAGCCGCAACAACCUCUCCUGCGCGCUGCCGCCCUGGCUCACCACUCUCUCGAAGCUCAAGAUUCUGAGCAUAGAGUGGAACAAGCUUACAGGAAGCAUACCAGCGGGCAUCUCCGCACUCUCCUCGCUCUCCACACUGCGAGCAGACUACAACCUUUUGACCGGAUCCAUCCCGGCUGCCAUUGGCAAGCUCACUAACCUAACCCAGCUUUCACUUGCCUUCAACAGCCUGAGCGGAUCCAUCCCAUCGUCCAUAGGCCUGCUGAAGCAGCUCAGAAUAAUCGACCUGCGGGGCAACAUGAUUACAGGCUCCAUCCCAUCGCAGCUAAGCAGCCUCUCUCUCCUCUACCGCCUAUCUCUACAGAGCAACACGCUCACAGGAUCCACUCCCUCCACCCUCUCCCUUCCAGCCCUCAGAAACCUUGCGCUGGACAACAACGCACUCUCCGGGUCUCUGCCAUCAACCCUGGGGACUCUCACCUCCCUCACAUACUUAGAUCUCUCCCGCAACCUCCUUUCCGGCUCCAUCCCUGAAGGCAUCUCUUCUCUGCAAGAACUCUCCUCGUUGUUACUCAACGGCAACUCCUUCCAAGGCCCCAUCCCAUCCGCCCUCUCCUCCCUCGUCUCUCUCUACGAAAUCUUUCCUCCUCCUUGGUUCCCAAUCGCAUCACAAGGCAUGCAAAACGAUGCCUCUGAAGCACCGCGCUCACUCCCCAUCGCAUCACAUCUCGUUUCAUGGCAUUCAUCGCCCCUCCUCUCCCUUCCUUCCCCCCUUUCCCUCCUCUCUCCCCCCUUCCCUCCCCUCCAGUCGUUUGAGUCAGAACCAGCUGCACCGCCAACUGCCAGCGUCACUGGCCACCUGCUCUCUGCUGCACACUCUCCCGCCCUCCCUCCCAUCACGCCCCCUCUACCCAUGAUCACCAGGGACAUCUCUUCAAAUGCCUUCACCGGUGCGCCAGCCACGAUCAUCAACCACCUCUCCUCUCUCGUGGAACUCAACCUAUCGCACAACUACUUCACGGGUCUCCUCCCCACGCUCCCCUCUGCCUCCGCCCUCCUCUCUCUCGACCUCUCCUCCAACUUCUUCUUCGGUCCCGCUGUGCCCCUCGAUGCCUCCGGCACCCCCAUCUGCCCCUCGCUCUCCCUCACCGUCCGCACCGCCUAUAACUGCCUCACGUUUGACGCUUCUGUGUGUGAUGCUGGUGGGGAUGGUGGUGGUAGCAGUGGUGGUGCUGGUGAUGGGGCUGUUGCGACCAGAAGCGUUGUAUUGGGGACAUGGAUAGCAGCAGCGUCAGCAUUUCUGUCCAACGAAUUCACACCAGCAGCAGCAGCAGCAGCAGCAGCUAUUGGCGGCAGCAGCAGCAGCAGCAGCAGCAGCAGCAGCAGCAGCAGCAGCAGCAGAGCCAGUGCUGCUGUUGAAGAGAGAGCGGGCUUUCUCGGACACAAGGAGAGGGCGGAGAUGGUAGGGCGUGAAGAGGAGAAGAGGCGAGAAUCGCAUUCUGUUCAUGCCACCACCACUGCUGACUUUCUUACCUCCUCUCCUCAUGUCCACGCCUCUGAGUCAUCCCACGAACACAGUGUGGGAGGGGUCUUGUUUAGACACAAGGAGCGUGCGGAGAUGCUAGGGCGUGAAGAGGAGAAUAGGGAGCGGCAGCCAGGGUCUAGCGCUGAUGCCACCACUGCUCAUCUGAUGGUUACUCUUGAGUCGUCUCAACAGCAGGAGCAUGCUCAUGCCACCACCACUGCUCACCCUGAAGCUUCCUCUCGUCAUGGCCGCUCCUCCCUGCCAUCGUAUGAAGAACAGUUACGAGCUGCGUUUCUCGGGCACAGGGAGAGAGCGGAGAUGCUGGGGCGUGAGGAGAGGGAGCAGCAGAAGCGACAGGCAGCACCUUCGGAGGCGCAUGAGGGGGGAAUGAUUUCUGGUGCUGCCGCUGCUGACCAUCCGGCCUCACAAGUAGACGAAGGAAGGCUGUACUUCCCUGGGCACAGGGAGAGGGCGGAGAUGCUAGGGCGUGAUGAGAAGGAGCAGUGGGAGCAACAGCCAGUACGAUCUGAGGCGCAUGAUGGGGAGAUGGCGUCUGGUGGCGACCCUAUCCAUGCAGCCACCCACGAAGAUGAGAUCAGGGCUGCUUUUUCAGGGCACAGGGCGAGGGCGGAGAUGCUGGGGCGUGGAGGGGAGCAGCGGGGGCAGCAGGCAGUACGAUUUGCGGCGUAUCAGGGGGGGGUGACCUCUCAGGGGGAGAUGACUUCUGGUGGCGACCCUGUUUUUGAGGCGCCUCUUAAAUCGCAACAAGGGGAGGUGGCAUCUGGUGGCGGCGUUGACCAUGCAGCCACCCACGAAGAUGAGAACAGGGCUGUUUUUUCAGGGCACAGGGAGAGAGCGGAGAUGCUGGGGCGUGAAGAGGGGGAGCAGCAGCAGCGACAGGCAGCACCUUCUGAGGCGCAUCAAGAGGAGGCAUUUCCUGCUGCCCCGGGCCGUGUGUCAGCACCUCAUGUGCAUGUGGCCUCCCGUGCAGAGGAAAGCAGAGCAGCAGAGGAAAGCAGGGCAGCAGAGGCUGCAUACAUGGGUUUCUCGGGGCACAGGGAGAGGGCGGAGAUGCUAGGACGUGAAGAGGAGCAGCAGCAGGAGCAGGGGCGACAGGCAGUGCUGGCGGAGAAGGAGACUGUUGGGCAUGCCCAUCACCCCUCUCACCACCUGCCCCGGCCCGGCCCUGUGUCGCAUGCGCAUGUGGUGUCCCACCCUCACCCAUCACAUGUGCAUGUGCUGUCCCAUCAUGACGGCACACUGCUGCCGUCUUGGCACAGAGAGAGGGUGGAGGAGGAGGAGGCAGUGGGGCACAGGAGACGGCGGAAACGAGAGCAAGUCGCUUCUGAGCCGGCCCGAAAUCCCCCCGACACAUCGUUCCCGUCAACCCAAAAGUUGUCUAACUCCCCUCAACACUCCCCUCAACACUCCCCUCAACACUCCCCUCAAUACUCGCCUGACAGACCCGUUGCCCCUCUCAGUGCCCGUCCAGCAUCUCUGACAGACGAGGAGGAGGAGGAGGGUGGUUCAGUGGGACAUAGGGGGAGCAUGGAGGCAUGGGGGGAAGCGGAGAAAGCAACAGAAGGGGAUGCAACUAGAGGGGAUGAGGUUAGAGGGAUUGAGACCAGGGGAGAUGCGGCAGGGGAGGAUGGUGAGAGGUGGGGUGGGAGGGGGGAUGAGGCGGACAGGGGGGCGGUGGAUCAACCACAGCAUGGGGAAUGA